UAAUGAUUAUAAAUGUUGAUUUUUCCUUAAAUCUGUGAAACCUGUCGAGGUAUUUUGAAUAUUUUCAGUGUCGUCGUUCAAAACCUUUCCUUUUCCAGAGUUGACAAUCAUGGACUUAGAAAGAGCACCCAGAAGCGAGCUGCUGAAAAAGAUUGAAGAACAGAAAGAAAAAUUGCAAAAUAGGGAGAAGAAAUUGAGAGAUUUGAUUGGUGCCUAUAAGGGCGUGUUAAAAGAGAAGGAGGCUUUAGAAUCCAGCGUGAAAGUCCUUUCACAGGGUCAAAGGUCAAGGUCGAAUCUAGAAGUCCCCAAUUCAAAAGGUCCACCCUCAGACACAGCCAGUGAUCGCGGCCUUGACUCAGAUCGGGAAUCUGAAGAUGGGGCCAAACCGUUUCACCAUGCAGGAGAUCCUUUAAAUGCAGAGCAUGAGGAGGCAGAGGACGUGAUUUCCAAGCUGACAGCUCAGGUUGAAACUCUCUCCCACUCAAUGAUGACACUCACUGAACAGAAAUCCAAACUUGAAGCCAACUACAUUGCUGAAAAGAAAGCGAUAAAGCAAGAAAAUGAAGACCUUCAAAGACGACUAAAAGAAAGUCUGGAAAAGGCUGAGUCCCUACAGAAGCAGGUUGAUUCCCAGACCAAUGAGUGGAAGGGCCGUAUAAGAGGUCAACAGAUUGAACGGGAAAAGGAACAGACAGACCAUGCCGUUAUGUUACGGGAGCUGCAGAAACUUCUUGCCAGUGAGAGAGAAACAAAAGAACAUCUUGAACAACAGCUUGACGAAACCACAUUCAGCCUUAAAGAACAGAGACAGGCUACACAGGAGAUUCAGGCUCGCCACAUAGAGGAGACCGAGCGAUUGAAACGCGACAUCUCACAGCUCAAGGCGAGUCUAGACGAGGAAAAGACACAAGCUCUGCGGCCAUCACCACAGCUGCUGAGUCUGCAGAGGGAAACUGAGGAACUCAAGGCCCAGCACAGGUUGCUGCAGCGAGAAGAUGAAUCUCGUGUAGAAGAAGUUGAGUCAAAGGCACGGGAUUAUGGGAAACAGUGUGAGACCAGGAUCGCGGAGCUGGAGUCAAAAUUGUCUGAACUUUCUGAGACAGUUGGCAACUAUGAGAGGCUCAGGUAUCAGGACCAGCAGACUAUCCAGAGACUUAAAGAUAGGUUGAGCCAGCUAGAACAGGAGAACCGGGCACUGACUGAAGCCUCACAGUCUGCCAGCGAGGAGGAGAUGACUGACAUACCAAAGAUUGUGGAGAAAAUUUCUGUCCUGAAGGAACAGCUAUUGGCAGCUAACAGUCGUACAGAGCAGCCCAUUAAUAUUGAAGAGCUGUUGCUAGCUGACACUGGUGCCGAACACCCGCUAGUCAAGAAAUACAGGGAGGAGCUAGAACAAGUCAAGGAGGAGUUUGAACGCUACAGGCUCCGCGCACAGUCGGUCCUCAAAAACAAGAAGGAGAACAUGCCAACCCAGGAAGACGUAUUGAAAGAGCAUGUGAAUGAGCUGCGUGACCGACUACGCACCCUGCAUGUGCAACAGGAUGAGGAGCUAGAACACUGUCGACAGCGCGAGGACGGUGUGCGGAAAACAAUGCUAGCCUUGCAGGACAAACACAAGCAUGAGGUUCUACACAUGCAAGCAGAGCAUCACUCGGCCCUGCAGGAGCUGGAAGAAGAGAUGAAGAAACAGCGAGAACGGACGGUCUCCAUGUUGGCGGAGAAAGAUAGAGAACUAGAGGUGCUCAGGGCUACUUCAACACAUUCCCUCCAGCAUGACUAUGUGGUCAGAACCAGGUCCAAUCUGGAGAGUGGUGGUGCAUCCUGUGAGAGACAGAGUUCAGAGGAUGAGGCAGUGACACGCCUCCUGGCCACACCCCCAGCAGGCCAGGGUGAUAUGACUUUGCUCUACUUUGCACAGGAGCAGGCCAGGAAAGAUGUGGAGGUGGCCACACUGAGGAAACAAAAAAGGGAACUUGAAAUGGCUCUACGAGAUUUACAGGUGUCUUCCAGUAGUAAGCAGGAAGCGUUGUAUGAAGAAAUUGACAGUUUGAAGGAGGAGAUUCGUAAACUUGGACGGAGUAUAAGUCGAGAAGGUGCCAAUUUGGAAUAUCUGAAAAAUGUGACUUACAAGUUUUUAAUUUGUCAUGACCCGGUUGGCAAACAGCAGAUGUUGAACGCUAUAACCACCAUUCUGCAGUUCAGUCCACAAGAGAAGUCAACUGUUCAGGCCCAAAAUAAGGGCUGGUGGAUGGGAAGUUCUUGAUGAAACGUUUGUGUUAGAAAUGUGAUAUGUUAUUUUCUGGAACCAGUGCUAAAAUUGUCUAUUGACAGUGUUCUCGUUGUGUUGCCUGCAAACAUUGCAGACACAUAUGGAUUACUUUGUCCAGCGUUGUCUUUCAACGCCCACUUGUCUUCCGAAUUGUCUUCUGAAUUGUCGUCUGUGUCUUGAUUUCAUUUCCUGUCAAUAACUUUUGAAUGAUUUAUUGUAGAGUCUUAGUAUGCAACAGCGAGAACGGACAGGCGAUGUAUCUUACUUGCAGGAUUAUAGUUUUCCAUAUGGAUUUUUUCCACAGGGGCCUUAAAAAAGGGUUCAUUUGUGGAAUCAUGUUUAUACUUGAACUGUAUAUUUAAUGGGUCCAUGUAAUAUUUAUUAAAGUGCUCACCACUGCUUUACAUUUACUUAAGAAUAAGAAUAUUUUUUUAAAACAAAUGUAAGAUGCAUGAAAACAUUGAAUCACUUUUGUUGAGAGUUAAUAGAAUUUACAACAGGAAAAUCUCAUCAUGUGUUAGCUAACAAGAAUGUUAUGAUGAAGUUUCAUUACUUAUUGUACUUCAGUAGCUGAAACAAACUUGCUUCUUUUGAAAGUUUAUAUUAAAGUUCUUUUAAGGGUUUUUGUCUUUAUAUGAAUGGGGAACAUAACUUAAACUCUAUAUUGCAAAUAAGUUGCGGGCAUUAUAGUUUUGAUGGAUUACCUACAGGCCAUGAAAAAUUGAUUCUAUGUUAGGAGUCAUCAGGAAGGUAGGUUUUCACCCUUCAUAAUGAAAAUAAAAUAAGGAAUUCGAAAUGGCCUCGGGUAAAGCAUACUACAUUCACAUUUGUCAUUCAUGUGAAGCUCUCAUUUAAUUAAAGUAUAUUUUAAAUCAAUUUUGUUGAUUGGACCAUAUUUGUGCAAUAUGUAUUGUGGUUGUAAUGGUUUAUUAUCAUAUUAAAUAAAGUCUAUUUUUCUA